AUGAAGCAAGACGAGGUUGAUGGAGAUGAUUAUGAUGCUGACAACAUCAACUCUGAAAAAGAAAACAGCAAAAAAUUGGCAAAGAGUCCGGUGGUCGAAUUGGUUAAGACGGGAGAUCUUUUCCUCAACAAAACAGUUUUGAAAGCGAGGUUUGAGUUAUGUGCAAUGAAGCAUAACUUUCACUACACAGUUACCAACUCCAAUAAAUCAGUUUGGUGUAUUAGAUGCGCUGAUAAGUAUGUCGGUGUACAUUCCUGCGAACCUUCAAGCAAAACCAGUGCCGGAAAGACAGCUUCAGCGAAAACGAUAGGCAGUCUGAUCAUGCAUAAAUAUGAAGGUAUCAAGGAAGGGCUUAAAGCGAAAGAUAUUGUUCAGAUUAUGCGUAAUGAUUAUGGAUGUGAGAUCUUUGAUUCUUUAGCAUGGGAUUCCCGUGAAUAUGCAGUCAACGCUGUUAGAGGUAUUCCAGAGGAAAGUUAUGGGAAAAUACCAAAAUACUUGCACAUGCUGCGAGAGACCAAUUCGGGUACACAUUCCUCUUAUGAGACUGGCGUCAAUGGUAGAUUUCGAUAUCUGUUUAUAGCGUUUGGUAAAUCGAUCAGAGGCUUUAGCAAAGUCAUGAGGCGUGUCAUUGUUGUCGAUGGAACAUUCUUGAAGAGUAAAUUCAAAGGGGUGCUACUGGUUGCAACUGCUAUAGAUGGAAAUUCAAAUUUAUAUCCUAUUGCAUUUGGGAUAGUAGACUCUGAGAAUGAACAGUCUUGGGAAUGGUUUAUGAGACAAUUAAAAGUUGUUGUUGCUGAUGAUAAUGGUUUGGCUUUUAUUUCGAAUAGACAAGUGUCAAUAGCGAAGAAACUGGAGAAAGUGUAUCCGCUAGCGAGACAUGGUAUUUGUAUUCAUCAUUUGUUGAAUAAUGUGAUAUCAUAUUUCAAGGGGAAGGGAUUAGCUGGGUUGAUUUCUAAGGCUUCGAAGGCUUAUAGAGUGGUUGAUUUCAAGAAGAUGUUUGCUCAUGUUUGCAAUAUCAGUCCAGCAAUUGGAAAUUAUCUUAUGGAAGCGGAUGUCAAAAAGUGGGCUAGAUGUCAAUUUCAUGGAUACAUGUAUGACAUUAGGACAAACAAUCCUGCAGAGUCGAUAAAUUCUGCGUUGCAUUCGCCGAGAGAGUUUUCCGGUAAGAAGUUGAUUUCAAGGCACACCCAUCGUUUGACCAUAGAUGUGGAGGAAAAGAUCGAUAGGAGAAUCGAAAAGGGGAAAACUUUCGGAGUUUACCCUGUAACCGAUAGCCAGCUGCUUGUUAAAGGCGAUACAAUUGACUGCUUUGUUGAUUUGGACAAACAGACAUUUUCUUGUGGGAAGUAUGACCUCUUGAAGAUCCCUUGUAGACACGCAAUAAAAGUCGGUUUCUUUGUUGGUAGAGAACCAUAUACAUUGACUGAUUUUUUGUAUACCAUGAGAGCUUGGAGAGAAGCUUAUCAAGAAAGCAAAAAUCCCAUUUCAGUUCCUGAAGAUGGUUGA